CCACAAGGAUAGUUACGUAGUAGUCGUCCUUCAUGGCAAGCACAAAGUAUGGCCUACGAGGGAGCUGCGGCGGAGGAGGAAAAGUGGUGGUUGUCAUGGUUCCUUUUCCGGCACAAGGCCAUCUCAACCAACUCCUCCAGCUAUCCCGUCUCAUUUCCUCCUACAACAUUCCCGUCCACUUCGUCGGAACCGCAACCCACAACCGUCAGGCCAGAUUACGAGUCCACGGCUGGAACCCCUUGUCCGCCGCCAACAUCCACUUUCACGAAUUUCCCACCGCUAACGCCGCCGCCGCCGUUUCUCUCCAUCCCAACCCCCCUGCCGAAUCCAGGUUCCCCGCGCACCUCCUCUCUUCCUACCAAGCCACCUCUCUCCUCCGCGACCCCGUCGGGAAGCUCCUCCGGGCGCUCGCCGCCAAUAACUCCCGAGUCGUCGUCAUCCACGACUCGCUAAUGGGGUCCGUGGUUCAAGACGCGGCGUCGAUUCCCAAUGCGGAGUCUUACAUAUUCCACAGCGUCUCCGCCUUCACUAUCUUCCUCUUCAUUUGGGAGAAGAUGGGGAAGCCCUUCGCCGUCGACGCCGACAUCCUCAGAGACCUUCCUUCCCUCGAAGGAUGUUUCAGCCCCGAGUUCGAGCGUUUCCUCAAGGCCCAAUACGAUUUCUUGAAGUUCAAUUCCGGCAGGAUUUACAACACAUGCAGAGCACUGGAAGCCCCUUUUCUUGAACUCCUUUCCAGAGAAGAAAUCAGUGGGAAGAAGAAACAGUGGGCCCUUGGACCUUUCAACCCUGUCCACGUCAGCAAUGGCGGCGCCUCCAAAACCACCCACCAACAACGCCACAAAUGUCUGGCCUGGCUAGACAACCACACAAAAAACUCUGUCAUAUUCGUUUCAUUCGGAACCACCACCUCUUUCUCCGACGAACAAAUCCGAGAAAUCGCCACCGGCUUGGAGAGGAGCGAGCAGAAGUUCGUCUGGGUUCUGAGAGACGCCGAUAAAACAGAUAUCUUCUCCAAAGAACAUCGGAAAAUAGAGCUGCCGAGAGGGUUCGAAGAGAGAGUGCGAAAGAGGGGAUUGGUGGUGAGAGACUGGGCCCCGCAGCUGGAGGUGCUGGCCCACACUUCCACCGGCGGAUUUCUGAGCCACUGCGGAUGGAACUCUUGCAUGGAGAGCAUAUCCAUGGGUGUCCCCAUGGCGGCCUGGCCAAUGCAUUCCGACCAGCCCAGGAACACGGUGCUCGUCACUAAGGUCCUCAGGAUCGGGAUCGUGGUUAAGGAUUGGGAUCGCCGGGACCAGAUUGUGACGUCAUCGGCGGUGGAACAUGCGGUCAAGCGGCUGAUGGCGACGGAGGAAGGGGAGCGGAUGAGACAGAGGGCGGCGGAUUUUGGCUGCGCUAUGAAGAAGGCGGUGGCGGACGGCGGCGUUAGCCGCAUGGAGUUGGAUGGCUUUGUUGAUCACAUAGCCCGGAGUUGAUGGGCGGCCACAUUAAAAAAAAAAUAAAAAAAAAAUCGAUUAUUCAUUUACUCUAUUAACCGAUUUUAUCGAACAAUUAUUAUUAUUACUAUUUUAAAAGAAAAACUCAAUUUGAGAAAUUUACUACUCAUAUUAUAUGUGUGGUUGUACGGGCAAGCAUGAAAAAAUAUAUUUGUACUGAAUUUUUUUUAAAAAACAAAUUGCAGCUUCCUAA